CAACUUUACACCUCUUCCAUUUAACUACCAACAUACAAAAAUGCUCAGAUUACGAGUUGCCUUUAAAAAUCAUCGUUUAAUUGUUCCAAUUCAAAACCCAAAGAUUUUGAUCAGUGAUUUGAUUAAAGACUUGGAAGUCAAGUUUUCCUCACACUUACUUUCCGAAUAUCAAUUGAAUAAUAAGGAAGAGAAGGAGAAACAUAUCAAGAUUUAUGAUUUAAUAACUGAACCUCAUCAACAACAACAACAACAUCAACACAAUGGUUUGGAUCUUUCAAAGGAAUAUUUGUUUAGUAAGGAAGAUAUUGUUGAGAAUGUAAUGAGAGAUGGUGAUUAUGUGAGAGCUGUUGAUUUGAAUUCUUGGAUUGAUUAUCAAGUUUCUCACUUUUGUGAUAGAAAGAGAGCUUGGAUUCAUCUUGAAAAAGAUAACAUUUUUGGUGAGAUUGGAUACCACAAGAAGAAUAAGGUCUAUUGUUUGUUCGGAUCUAAUUCACAAAAACAAUAUUUUGAAUUUUCAAUUGAAGAUUUAAAGGCAAUGAGUGAAAAGAAAUCUCAUGAAAUUGGAAUUGCCAAAGAUUUCAGAGGCCUGUGGUAUGUGUGUGCCAAGUUUGAAUUACCAACAAGUGAUGAACUCAAAGAUGAUAAGAAAAUGUUGUGUGAAAUGAGUAUUCACUUAAAACCAAGCUCUGAAGAAGAAAAGGUCUACAUUCACCAAGUGAGUGUUCAUGAAAAGAAUGGUCACUUGUUGAAGGGUCCUUCUAGGUUCUUUUAAUUCUUUUUUGUAAAUAAAUUGAGAAAAUCUAAAUUCU